AUGGAAUCCCGCGGCGCACCGGCGGAACCGUCUCAUAAACGACCCCGGUCUCCCACAAGCGAUCAUGCUAUGUCGUCGUCAAAGAUCCAGAAGACGCACUCGAACCACCUGCAAAUCAACUAUCUCGCGCGUCAAUACCCCGACAACCUCCCGUUAGUCUCGGUUGAUGAUACCAUGCCCGCGAUCAUCCAUCUGCUCGGCGAGUAUGACGGUGUGCUACACCGCCACGAGAGCAUCGCUGGAAAUCUGGGCGCAUGCCCGCUAGGCCCCAUUUUGAUCAAGCGAUUUGAGCGGCUUUUCGAUGGACCGCCACAAGUGUUGAAAUCGCAUGGAAAGGACGGAUCCACGGUGACAUGGCUUGAUGUGGUCGAAUUCGCAAAGAACAAGCCCGAGCAAUUCAACCUGGAGAAGUCGCGCAACGGUGUGCGAGUUUGCCAGUUCUAUACCAAGCAGUGUCGUGUGGAGAUUAGUGAAGAGGAUUUCGUUUUGAUUGCUUCUGGCAUGCCGCAGAAGAUGAUCCCACCACAGCCUAUCAUCGAGGACGAGGAGAAGGAGCUGGGCGCACUAGAGAUCCUCGAGAAGAACUUGGUCCAAAUCAUUCAGAUGGCCGAUCAAGUCUCCGCUCGGGCCAGGCAGCUUAAUCACCGCUUGAAGAAUCGCCGCAAUGCUAUUGUCACUCGACGAGAGAACGAUGCCUCUUUGUACGCGCAAUCCCGAAAUACCGCCGACAUCUGGCGUGAUGCGAAUGGCCACGGUCCAGUAAACGGCCAUGGAUCAUCCCAAGCUUCCUCAUCCGGGUUCAUCGCUGUAAAUUCUCAUCGCCCCGAAGGCGAGCACACCGAAGAGAAUCCUCUAUCCUCCCAAUUUAUGUUUUCACACUCCAACACCGACAAUGUCACCAUGAUCAACGGACAAUCGAUCAAAGGCGCCUCUCCAACAACUCGGGCAGACUUGAUGAAGAGGUUUUUCACAACGGCAGACCGUCACGCCCGCGGCUAUGACGAUGCAACAGCUCCGGUCAACCCCCAACCACUCCCUCGGCCUCGUGCCUCCGAUCCCGCCGAUUACAGUCUCUACAACACUGCAACGGCAACCCCCGUCGCCAUCCCAAGUACCCCAUCCUCCCUCCUUCCACCACCAAAAUCAACCCACCAAGAAAAAGACGACGGAGGCCCCUUCAAGCUCGAAAUGAUCGCUCGCAUGGAAGAGCUCCAGCGCGGGGAGCGCGUCAUUCCACCCUGUGACCGCUGCCGGCGACUCCACAUGGAUUGCCUCAAGAACCUCACAGCCUGCGUAGGCUGCACUAAGAAACACGCCAAAUGCUCCUGGCGCGAUGUCAAAGAAGACGAAAUCAUAGCUAUGCGCGCAGGAACCACUCCAUCAAUGACGAUGUCCCACGAGCGUCCCGAAAUCGACCGCUCCAGCGCCAACCUCACUCCACCCCAGUUCGGCCUGGGCCCGUUGCCACCCAUCUCCGCUGAGCGCGAGCGUCCCCGGGAACCGCCCUUCGAGCCAGAAGUCCACUCCUACUACCACAGCAACCGACGCGAGUCGGCUCCAUCGGCCCCGCACCUCGCUCCUGGAUCUGUGGUCCCGAUGGAGCUCCCUUCGAGUGAUAAUUCCCCUCGACGGGCGGUGAGCGAAACAGAGAACCAUGGUCGUCCUCGUAUCCCUACCGGCCGUAUCUCAGAUCGUCCAGAAGAUGACGAUCCCGAUGCCAAUCAGCGGCUCAGACAGGCUAUCCUCGAUACCGUAGAUCACCAGGCACGCGUUGCGGCAGCUGUGCAGGAGAAGGAACGUGGUGUCGAGCGUGGGGAAGUCCUGGGUGUUCAUCCUCCACCAAACCAGCUUCCAGUUCUUAACCCCGGUGCUUAUAAUCGAGACUGUGACCGGGAGGCAGAUCGGGACCAUGACCGGCACGUGGUGCAUGCAUAA